AUGCCCAUCCAUCAUCUCAUGGUAGGCACGUGGACGCCGCCAGGCGCCAUCUUCACCUUUGCCUUUGACGACGAGGAGCUCACACUGCGUCUCGUCAAACGCACGGAAAUUCCGCCCAAUGAGCCCAUCUCUUGGAUGGCGUUUGACCAUGCCAAGAAAAACAUAUACGGAGCUGCCACGAAGAAGUGGUCCAGCUUUGCGGUCGAGUCGCCGACGUCCAUUGUCCACAAGGCCUCGCAUCCGAUGCUCCACGAAGCCAGAGCUUCCGCCUCCGACAGCAACACCCGCGCCAUCUUUCUCCUAGCUGCCCGCCAUCCACCUCACGCCAUCUACUGCAACCCCUUCUACGAUCACGCAGGCCACGGCACCAUCUUCACCCCCUCGCCUACCGGCACACUCGACACCGCCAUCCAGCACUACCCCUACCAACCAACCUCGGGCGUCCAUGGCAUGGUCUUCGAUCCCACAGAGACAUAUCUCUACUCGGCCGACCUCAGAGCCAACAAACUAUGGCUCCACCGGCGACGCUCCCGCGAGUCAGCUCCCCAAAACGCCUCUCUCGAGCUAGUCGGCAGCGUGGACUGCCCCGAUGAACGAGACCACCCCCGAUGGGUCGCCAUGCACCCGUCCGGCCACUACUUGUACGCCCUCAUGGAAAGGGGCAACAGGAUAUGCGAAUACCUCGUGGAUCCCGCGACCCACAUGCCCGUGUACACGCACAAAAGCUACCCGCUCAUCCCGCCCGGCCUUCCCGACCGAUGGACCAUGUACCGCGCCGACGUGUGUGCUCUCUCGCACUCUGGCACAUACCUCUUUGCUUCGUCGAGGGCCAACUCGUUUGACCUGACGGGCUACGUCUCCGCCUUCAAGCUUGAUGCCAACGGCGCCAUCGUUCGCCAAAUCUGCCUCAACCCCACACCCACCAGUGGCGGGCACAGCAAUGCCGUGGUCCCCAGCGACUGGUGCGAUGAUUGGGUUGCCCUGACUGACGAUCAGGAGGGAUGGCUGGAGAUUUACCGCUGGCAGGAUGAGUACCUGGCCAGAGUGGCCAGGACUAGGGUGCCUGAGCCGGGAUUCGGAAUGAACGCCAUCUGGUACGAUUGA